UUAGAGCAAAAGUAAAUGGAUAAAAAUGGGAUGCUUUUCAAAACUGUUCAGUCGCAAUCGAUGUAAAGUUAAUCACCAUUCAUUGACAGCUGCAAAAUUCAUUAGUAAUGAUGAUGAGGAAGAUUUAAAAACUGAAGAUAUAUCUGGAGAGGAUAAAAGAAUAGUUAGCCAACCAAUUGAAAGACCCAAGGAAAAUGAUUUGCAAUCAGAGGUAAUUAAAUCUGGUGUUGUUGGUAGCCUUGUAGGAUCAUCUGAAGAAAAAAAGUUUUUUUCUAGCAUGCUUGAUAAUAAUAAUUCAAUUGAUGAUAAUGUAUACAACAACUAUGAUUUUCCAUUUACAAAUUUGGUUUUUGAAGGCGGUGGUAAUAAAGGGAUGGCUUAUGCUGGUGCAUUACAGGUAUUAGAACAAGCGGGUAUUGCUCAAAAAAUAAAUCGUGUUGCAGGUGCAAGUGUUGGAGCUAUUGCUGCAAGUUUAUUUGCUGUGGGGUUUACAUCUGAGGAAUUAAAACAAUUUAUGGAACAAGAUCUUCGUAAAGUUCUUGUUGAUCAUAAAUGCGGUUACUGUAGCCUGCUGCCUAAUCUUUUAAGUGGGUUUGGAUGGAAUCCAGGCCAUAAAUUAAUAAAAUGGUUUGGAGAACAGCUUAAAGAAAGAACUGGAAAUGCUGAUAUAACUUUUAGAGAGGUUCUGCAAAGAUUUAAUCGUGAGCUCUGUAUUGUUGUUACGAAUUUAAAUCAAAUGUCAACAGAGUAUUUUCAUCCUAAAACUACACCAAACACGCCAAUAAAAAUGGCUGUUCGUAUGUCAAUGGCAUUGCCAGGUGUUUUCCAAAGUGUUAAAUAUGUAAAUGAUGAAAAUACUGAUGUUUAUGUUGAUGGCGGACUGUUGUGUAACUACCCAAUUCAUGCUUUUGAUGGUUGGUGGUUGUCCAUGGACCCGCAUGAUUCAUUUUUUAAAAGAUUACAGCCACUUGAUAAUUAUGCAAAAUUGUUUUCCAAAAAUGAACGAUUUGGAUCUUGGAACCCCAGAACUAUUGGAAUUAUGUUGUACUCUAGAUCAGAAACUGAGUUAAUGAAAACAAAACUUGCGCAGCGUGAUGGCAGCCAACCUCCUCCACCUGUAAAUUCCAAGUUGUAUAAGAAACGAAAAAAGAUUCUCUUGAAUCAAAAAGCAGCCAGUGAAGAACAUCUUGCUGUUGUAAAUGCUAUUGGACGUUUUAUGAAAGAACUUCAUAGGAUGAAUUUUGACUUAGAUGGCAUAGUCAGCUUGAGAGAAUUGAAGAAAGUAUUUGAAGUGUCAGCAAUUUUUACUACUGAAGAUCAGAUGUUGUUAUUUGGAAAUACAGAUGUAAAUGCAGCUUUUUCUGAACUUGAUAAAGACAAAGACGGUGAGAUUACUUUCCAAGAGCUAAUGGCAUUUGUAGAAAGAAAAGGAGUGAACAUUCAAACACGUUUCCUUGGUUACACUCGUAAAGAAAUUAAGACUUUAGGGGACUUUAUUAGUACAUUGCAGACUGCGUUAUCAAUUAAUGUGAAGAGAAACUACGUUGAGGACCGAGAUAUUGAACGCACUAUAGGGAUUGAUACAGAUUAUAUCGAAGCGAACGACUUUUCCUUAGAAGAUCAUGACAAAAACUUUCUACUUCAGAGUGGAGAACAUGCGGCACGAGCUUUUCUAAGAUACUAUUGUAAACGUCAUCCUGAGUUUCGAAAAAGAGAAAGUGCUUUGUUACCAAAAGAUUUUUUGAAUUCACAAGUUAAAAGUAAUUUUUUGCAUCCUUCUAGUAAUCUAGUUCAUUGAAAGAGCAGCCUAGCGCUCAAUCUUUACCCGGAAGGAAAUAAGACGUAUAAAAUACGCAGUAAUACGUAUUUUAGACAUUUUAUACAUGUCUUGUGUCAUCUUGUUAUCUUUUUCCCACCGGGUAUAUUUAUAAAUUGUUUUUAUAUAAUUAAGUGGUAUUUUUUUAAACUGUGUAUAUGUAACUUUGAAUGUAGUUUGUUUUUAUUUAAUUUUAAUGCUUGAUUUUUAAAUUAUUGUGGUAUACUUAGCGUGGCCUUGAAUUAUGCAUAAAUUAUGCAUGUGCGUAAAGUUUGCAAGAGUUUUAUAAACUAUAUAAUAGAUUUAAUUUUUUCGUUUUUAUUUAAAAAACUGAACGCCAAUGCUUUGAAAAAAUAUCAAACGCUUAAAAUGUUGUUGAAGCACAAUUCGAAAUGUUUUU